AUGAGUCGAAUGAGAUUGAGUUUUUGCCAUAAUCACAAUCGCACUUGGUACAUAGAUAAAAAUGGGUAUCGUAAGAAUGUGAGGACGGUGAAAGGUGGUUUUGUGAAUAUAGAAGAAGAGUCGUAUAAGACUGACACCUGGUACACUUCGGUAAAUAAGUGUGGUGCAACUGUUAUCGAUAAAUGGUGGGUUUUGACUACAGUUCAUUGCCUCAAAAACAAAACAAACAUCCUGAUACGAACAAGUGGUACAUACAAAGCCAUUAUGGGAACAACGCGCAAAAUAGAAAAAGUGAUUAUACAUCCUCAUUACAACACCGACACCUACGACAAUGAUAUUGCUCUAAUGAAGCUGCAAGAGCCUAUUAAAAUCAAUAAUAAGCAGAAGCCAAUACCAAUCGCAAACUCGUCUGACCUUCCGACAGAAGGCCAACAAAUGUUUAUAUCUGGUUUUAGAGAUGAUAUUUCGAGUCUACCAUAUUGGUUGAAAUUCGCAAUUGUAUUAGUCAUGAAUCAGGAAAACUGCAAAAACGCUAACAAUAACAAUCCGAUAUCUGACAACCUAUUUUGCGCUAGUAGCGAUGAUAUCAAUGCUUGUCAAGCCGAUUUCGAAGGCCCAGCUAUCAUUAAUAAUAAGUUGUAUGGAAUCAUCUCUUCUGGUGCUACAUAUCGUGAUCUCGAUCGCAAACACAUCAUCAUCGCGGCCGCUACCUGGAGCGGAGACUCGAAAAUUUGGUACAAAAACUACUCAGACGAUAACACGGCCGUCUUUCAUGAUCUCACUCCCGUUCUUCACGUUAAUGUCGUUCACGAUCAACAUCUUACCGCCGGAGCCACAAUCACGAUGUAG